AGUGAGGUGAGAUGAAGUGAGGGGAGGGUGGUGUCCAGGAGCAGGCCCCGGGACCAUUUUGAACCGCUGGCCGACAGCCCUCGUCCCCCUCCCGGCGCCCCGAUGCCGGGCACCAUUCAGCUGCUUCUGUAAACACCCUCACCUCACCUCACCGCCCGGGCAAUGGGUUAUCUUCCGAGAUUUCCACUGUACGGGUGAGAAGUUCUCCGCUUCACGUUUGAGUAGCCUGGAGUGAAGUUGCCGGGGAAGAGCUGAGGCUCCGCAUCGCCUACACCUGUCCACAUUUAUUUUGCGGUAGAGAUAACAUCUGUGGAGGCGAGUGGACAGGCAAGGUUUCAUGUCCUGAACCCUUCUUCAGACACGAACUCUUUUUCAGAACAGGGAAACCGAAUUAUUUAGUUUGCUGAUUGCAUUUACUCCAAUGCAUUUUUGAUUAAACAACCCAUUCAGAGUGAGGAACAGCUAAAAACAGCAAACAGCAAGUUUUGUUUCUGCAUAGCUAAUUAAGCUGUUGGAUCUAUACAACCAUUCCUAAUGUCUGAAAUGCAUGGAGCACCAAACGGGAAAGCAAAAGAGGAAGAUGAUAUGUCGAAUGGUGACUUGGGUGACGGUUUUCGCAGGAAGCCUGGUGGAAUUUAUGAUGGGCAACAUUGUUCAAUUGCUGAGACUUCAAGAUCAAGACAAGGAUCUGAUUGCAAUGGUGAUGUAUUUAGUAGAAGUAUAAAAAAGGAUGAAAAGAAUGAGAUUCCAUGUUUCCGUUGGACCAAAAACGGCAGCAUUUCCGAUUCCUUCCACCAGCUUAUGAAUUCUGAUGUAACUAGUAUCAGCAGGCGAUCGAGCAAUAUUGGUACAGAAGUUGAAUUGUCAAACGAAGAACUAAAACUGAGGCUCCUGGAAGUUAUGCAGGAAGCAGACAUUUUACGAUCUGAGCUUGAAGUAACACAACGGAAACUCGAGGGAAAAUAUGAAGCCUUAAAAAUACUGCAGAGCAUGGCAGUGCUUGAUAAAGCCACAGUGCACACAAAGACUCGACUUCAAAAAACAGGGGAACGAAACAAGAUUUUAGAAAAGGAAGUCAAUAUAUUGCAGUGGGAAAAUGACUUCAAACAAGAUAAAUUUAAAAAUCUGGAACAGUUUUGGAUUGAAAGGUUUGAAAGAAUGUGCAAUGAAAACGCUGAUCUUGCCAAAAAUUUGGAAGUAAGAGAUGCUGAGAUUCGGGAUCUCAAAUCAGAAAAGGCAUUAUUGACCCAGCAAUGUUCAGAGCUAUUAGCAAUGCUCAACAUAAAGGAUCAACACACAUUCCAAAGAACAUUGCCAACAACCAUGAAUGGCUUUACUGAAAUUACAGCAUUAGAGCUGGGAGUGCUUGGAGCCUGUCACUGUAAUACUAUUGGAGCGGAGCCUUGUGGUUGUGCCAGAAUGGCAGCCGCUACACGCAAGGAAUUGUUGCAGUUUAAGCAAAAGUUUGAUUUCCAGAGAAAGCGUGAGGAAGAGGCAUAUCUUGUGGCUGAUGCAUUUAGAACUGCUUUUGAACAUCAACUGAAAAGGACAAAUGAUCAAACUCUUCGAAUUACUGAAGUGGGAAAACUGCACAGAAAAUAUCUCAAGAAAUGGCUUGUGUCGACGCAAUCCAAAGAAGAUCCUACUUGCAAAACAGAAGCGAAUCAUACAACAUUUGGGCAAAAGUUGAAGGGGCUGUUUAAUUCCGCAGCAGACUAUAAGAAAUUGGAAGUCUUGGAUGACCCACAGGAAGUGCUGAGGAUGCUUAUUGACUUGUUAAAUGAUAAAGAAGAGGCUCUGGCACAUCAGAGGAAAGUUAGCUAUAUGCUGGCACGAAAUAUUGAAGGACAAAAUCGAAAUGACUCUCAGGACAUCCCAACUACUGAUGGUUCAAGAUUUCUUCACUGUCAAAAAAGAUCUGAAGAGCUCAAAAAUACCACAAGCCCAUCAGUUGAUCGACGCUUAAAGGAGCACAGAACUAUGUUCAGGACAUAUUCUUUUCCUCCAAGUUACUUUGCAGAAAGUUAAAAACGCAAAGAAUAUUUAAACAUUUUGUGGCAAUAUUUAAUACAAUUGGAUGAAGCCCUCCUCAUAACAAAGUGGCCAGGAAAUUACAGAUAUUAAAUGAAUUUCACCAUUUUUAAGUGAACUCUUCAGAAGCAAUGGUACACCAUCUUUUAAAAUAUAUGACUAAACUGUUUUCCAUUUCUCUGGAAUCUCAUUAGUCCAUUUUUUGAAAAUAAGUUCAGCAUUUAAUGACUUUGGAUGGAAUGUGUUUUUCACUUUACGUUAUGGCAAUUAAAUGUUAUUUACCAUAUGAUGCAAACAAUGGAUGCAAAUCUGGGAAAAUCAUGAUGAAACCAAUGCUCUGGCCAAAAGAAAAUGAAUGGAGCUUUGUUUUAUGCUUUGUUCAUUGGGAAUCAAAGGAAGGAAUUGGAUUACAUCCAUGUGGAUGGAUUGCCCUGCUCUUCAAAAUCUCAGUUACAUAAAAAUACCUGUGAAGUUUGGGUUCUGCAGUCUUGAAUGUACCUCAAAGUGAUUUUGUAGAGAAAUGCAAUAUUGUUAAAGAUCUGUUUAAGUAUUUCAAGUUGGCUUGUAAAUUAGCUCUCAUGUAAAAAAGCAAACUUAAUUUUUUGCAUUUCAUUUGAACGUAUGUGGUUUUAUUUAAGCAAACAGAAGUCAAUUUGCACAUAUCAGGGGCACACAAACAGUUAGAAUAAUUGACCAGUUAUUCUGCUCUUUCAAAUGAUUUAAGUAGUAUUUUUGUUUAUGUUAAUAAUGUUUUUGCUUUCCAAAAUGGAUUCUUACCAAUGAAUCUUCAGUUAUCCAGUGAGUGAUCAUGUGGCAGAAGAGAGGGAGAAGCUUAAAGUAAUCAUCAUCAUCAGUAGUGAAAAAAUAUUGUAUAAACUAAUGGGAUUAAAGCUGACAACUCCCUUGGAAUUUAGGGUCUCAUGUGCCCAGUGAUAGUGGUUGCAUUGGAGAUGACCUUCCAUAAUUCCCUGGAUUCUGGAAAGAUCCCAGCAUAUUGAAAAAUUAUAGACUUAUAAGCUCAUUCAAGAGACUUGGUCCCUUAUCCAGUAAUUAUUUAGAUAUGAUGGUUCAAAUAUAGGUGAGGGAGGAAAGAUAAGUGGAGGAAACUAGGGCAGGGCAUGCACUGUUAAUGAUAAAGUACUGCAAAGUGCAGAAUAGAAAGAUGUACAAAUAUGUAGUUCCAUGAAAAUGGCGACAUGGGUAUUCAGGGUGGUAAAGAAGACGUAUGACACACUUUCCCUUGUCUGACAGCCUAUUGAGUACAACAAUAUGGACACUGUUAUAGAACAUGGCUGAGACCAGGCUGGAAGUGUGUGUGUGUGCGUGUGCGCAGUUCAAGUCACCAUACCAUUGGGAGGAUGUGAUUCAGCUAGAGGGUGCUUGAAAAAAAGACAAUAAUAUUGUUGCGAGUGGAGAGCUUCAAUUAUCAGGAGAGACUGGAUAGGCUGGGAUUGUUUUCCUGGGUGCUAUUGCGGAGGUUUAUAAACCUCCCUCAUUGGUGACCCUCAGACUAUCCUUGAUCGGACUUUGCUGACUUUACCUUGCACUAAUUAUUAUUCCCGUAUGUAUCUAUGCACUGUAAAUGGCUCGAUUGUAAUGUAUUGUCUUUCCGUUGACGGGAUAGCACACAACAAAAGCGUUUCACUAUACCUUGGUAUACGUGACAUUAAACUAAAGAAACAUAGAAAAUGGGUGCAGGAGUAGGCCAUUCGGCCUUUCGAGCCUGCACCGCCAUUCAAAAUGAUCAUGACUGAUCAUCCAACCCGGUAUCCUGUACCUAAAUAAUCUCCAAGGUCACCCAGGAUGAGGGGCAUAGAUAAGGUGAAUGGUCAGGAUAAAGAAGUCUAAUGCUUGAGGGCCAAACUAGGAAGGGGAAAUGUUUUAAGGGCAUUUUUUUCACACAGAAUUGCUAGGUAGCAGAGAGGAGGAAGCACAGGCAAAUAUAAUCAAAUGUUUUUUAAAAAUUUGGGCAAGUUAUAGGAUACGAAGAGUUUUGAGGGAUACGACCCAAACACGGAUCUAUGUCAGGAAGGCAAGUUGGUCGACAUGGUCAAGUCGGAUAGAAGCACCUGUUUCCGUGUUGUAUAACGCAAUGACCCUGAAUCUGACUCCUUGUUUUUUAAUCUCACUGGUUGUAAAAGUUGCUGGCCAUUAUUUUGCAUGAUGUAUAGACAAAAGUACAUUUUUGAUAAUGAGACUGUUGAUAACAGGGAAGAGACAUCUUAACUUUGCCAAGAUCCUUGAUUAUUACAAUUAAAUAAUAUAAUAAAAAUAUGGUUGAUAAGGAACCAAAUGGUGAAAA